AAGGAAAUGGAUUUAUAUCUCUCACCAAAAUACAAUGCUUGGAUCGACAAUAGUAUUUCACCAUUGAUGACUGACUUUUCUAAGGAUCGAAGUAUAAAAUUUGUAUGUCCUUCAUUGAUGAAUACCCUACGGUCAAAAUAUUAUGAUGAUGAUGGUGAUGAUCAACAUAUCCGACGAUCUGAUCAAGUGAUAUGUGUUCCACCCACUCAUAAUUGCCUAUGGACACUACAGAUAAGCGAUGGACCAUGGAUUAAUGAUAUUUUCAAAGACACUUUUGCCACCGUGAUUCAGCCACAAUCCAUGGCAGGAAUGUUGCCUCAUAUUAGUAAAAAGCAUCAACUAUGGGUCAAAGUACUUCAUGUAGAACAAGAAGACAAAUCGAAAAGAAUAGAUAUCUAUAUCAUAGACAAAUCGAAUGAUACUGAACCAGCAUUGCUUUCUUUUUAUGGCCAACAAACUCAUUUAUCAAGAAUGGUUCAACGUGGUGAUUAUCUUGGUCUUUAUCAUCCUAUCAUUUCAACACAACCAAGUGAAAGUCAACAAACCCAAACAGAUAUCGUGUUUGAAUGUGGUCCAGAUACAAUCCUUUUUAUUAUGUCAAAUGAAGAUGCCAUUCAAGCUGGAGUUACCAAAAAGCCUGCUAAUGACCAUAGUCCAAUGCGUGAUUUUUGGCAACAAGAUAAAUCAGUAACAUCUCAAAAGAAGAAGAAACCAAUUAUAGAAAGAGAUGAUGAAGGAUUGAUGGAUUGCAGUUCUUAUACGCCUCGUAUCAUGAUCAACGAUUUGGAAUCAUCCAUGUUGAAUAUCACCAUUUGUGGUCGAGUGAUUGCCAAAGCAAACAAUAAUCCGUUCUUUAAAGAUGGCAAGAAAAUGGAUAGAUAUGCAAUGCGUGUUGAAGAUGAAUCUGGUAAAAUGGAUGUAACCUUAUGGGAAAAAUCAGGACAUUAUGCAAGAAAAAUACAAGUAGGUCAUCGUAUCCUUUUGACUGGUCUAUCAACAUCUGUCAAACAUAAUACAAAAGGCAAGACAUCUUGGUAUGUAAAUGGUAGUACUGUAUGCGGUACCGAGAUCUACAAUUUAUCGCGAUUCGAUUGUCUCUUGAGAAGUAAAGGCAUUAGACAAUUGAUUCCAUUACAUACAAUUCAAGGUGAUGGUCAAUGGGAAACAAAAGCAACUAUAGUUGGAUGGGAAUUACAUACUUUGGAUCAGACUAUUAUAUAUUCAAAUGAACAUACGAACAAUGAAUUAAAUAAGAUUGAGGAUGAUGAUGAUGAUUUUUGUAUAAACUGUUUAGAAAUAAUGGAAAAUGACAAUAAAUGUAAUUACUGUGGUAUAGAUCUUCAAGAUAAUAUGAAAACUAUGAUAUUUCGACCAAAAAGACGGAAAUCCUUACAAGACACAACAUUACCCAAAGAUAAAAGAAAGAUUGGUUGGUUGGAAUGGCGUCUAGAUAAUGGCCAGGGGAUAUUAUAUACCUAUGGAGGGGAAGAGUCUAUAUUAAAUUGUAAAGCUGAUCAAUUUCAGUCACUGUCAAAUGAAUUACAGAUUCAAGUAUUAGACAGCGUAGUUGGAAAACAAUGGAUAUGUUCAAUAUCUUUUUUUUUUUAUACUUUUCUUUUCUCCUCUUUUUUCUAUACCUCUCCCAUUACUUUCCUUAAAAUGAAAUUUACUGUCAUUGCUACUACCACUCUCGCUGUUGCUUCCGUUGCUCAAGCUGCUAUCACCAUCGUUACUCCUUGGGCUGAUACUACUUGGAAUGCUGGUGCUCACGGUGCUAUUACCUGGAAGACUUCAGGUACUGAUGCCACCCAAAAAUGUGAAAUUCAACUUUUGAAUGGCAAUAGCUCCAAUGCAAAUUUGGUUGCCUAUAUCACUGAUCCUAAAUUACCUACAGAUUGUUCUGUUGGUUCUUUUGAUAUUUAUCCUUUGAAUGAUUUUGCAAGUGGUAAAUACUCUAUUCGUAUUGGUCAAUCAGCUUCCUCUACUUGGGCUUAUUCUGGUGUCUUUAACUUUGUUGGUAACGGUAGCGCCAAACCCCUUCAAUUGGCAUGUAAGUAG